AUGCGCUCUUUUGCAUCCCUCACCAUCCUCCUGUCCGUCGCCAUCGGCGCCUUCGCCGCCCCCAUCCAGCCCAUUGACAGCGUCGUCGGUACCCUCGAUGGCCAGAUCCAGGCUGGACUCAAGGACGUCGGCUCUAUCGCUGGCUCGCUCACCGGCUCGCUCAAGAUCUCCCGCGACGAGCUCCCCGGUCUCAGCUCCGCUGAGGGUGCCGUCACCGAGGCCGAGUCUGUCCUCAAGCAGCUCGGUCAGGAAAUCGAGUCCGCCACUGGCUCCAUGAAGGUCUCCCGCCAGCUCCCCGGCGGUAUCGACGUCACCAGCCUCUCUUCCGAGGCCCAGACUGAGAUCGACCAGAUUCUCAAGCAGAUCGAGGCCGCCGCUCCUGCCAAGCGCCAAUCGUCGGUCCCCGUCCCCAACCUCACUGCUGUCGAGAAGCAGGUCGAGGACGCCGUCUCCUCGCUUGAGGCGGAGUUCGAGAAGGCUGCCGGCUCUCUGAAGGUUUCCCGCCAGGUCUCUGACCUCUCUGGCCUCGAGGCGCAGAUCGAGGCUGCCAUCGCUGAGAUCGAGAAGGACGCCAAGGCCUCCGCUGAGUCCGUCAAGGUCUCCCGCCAGCUCGGCAACAUCCAGGGCGAUAUCCAGACCGCCAUCGACCAGAUCGGUGUCGAGGUCGGUGAGCUCACCGGCAUCCACGCUUCGCGCGCCGCCGCGCCCCAGUCCGUUCCCCAGAUCUGGGCCGCUUUGAUGAAGCAGAUCACGCCCGUCGCUGAGUCCCUUAUGUUCACCGAUGCCAACAACGUCACCGAAGCCGUUGCCUCCCUCGAGAAGCUCCAGGCUCCCCUCGAGACCGCCAUCAAGGAGGUCCGCGCCCUCGCUGGCGCCGGUCUCGACCUCAAGGUCCUCCUCCAGGACGUUGACGGUGUUCUCGAUGUCAACGCUUUCGCCAAGACCCUCGCCGCCGAUGCUGCCACCUUCUUCAAGGCUCUUAUCAACGUCUUCAAGCUCGCUGACAAGGACGCCAAGAAGGCGCUCGGUCCCCUCGUUAUCAAGACUGCUACCCUCCUCUCGCAGUACCUGACCGUCGUCUCUGCCAUCGUCACCGGCCUCUUCGUCGAGCUCGCUCCCCUGCUCCUGCCCCUGUCCACCUACCUCCAGACCCUCGGCCUCACCGCCUUCGCCACCAUCCUCCAGUACGGCUCCAAGCUCUAAAGCGUUUUUAUGCCAUAAAUGACACGAUACCACCGAUGCCCUUUCCCUGUCCAUUUAUUAUCUCUGCAUAUAACGUAUUUAGAGCUAUUUAACCGCUGAUUCGGCGCUGGUCCCGUAUUGCUGGUGUCUUUUUUUCGUCGUUGGUAGUUGUAUAUUCG